AUGAAUCUAAAUUGCCAGUGUAAUGAUGUUCCUAGAGAUCAGGGAUCAAGCGCUUCUGAGAACGCUGUCGGAUCGUAUACUAUCUCUUUGGCUGAGAUGGGGACUCCGGGCAAUGAUUGGUUGGCCGCAUUAGCCUUGGGUACCCUCCUCAGAAGUAGAAAGGAUGAAGUAACCAAUCCUCAGGUUCUACUUUGGGCCCCAUUCUUGCUCUUGCAUUUGGGUGGCCCCGAUACCAUCACCGCUUACUCCUUGUCGGACAAUGAACUCUGGCCACGACAUUUCUUUGGGAUGUGUUUCCAAAUUGGAGUGGCGCUCUAUGUAUAUGUCAAGUUCUGGACAAUAGCAACAGCACCGCUCAUCUUCAUGGCCAUUCCAAUAUUCAUUGUUGGGGUUAUCAAGUAUGGGGAAAGGGUUUGGUCUCUCUUCAAAGCUAGUAGCGUCCGGUUUAGGAAAUCUGUGUUUUCUGAUGACAAAGGUUCCCCUUUGGAAGUUGAGCAUUCACAGUCGCCUUCAGAAAGAGGUACGCGUUUGACGUUGGAAGAAUACUUAGAGCCGAAACAAAUUAAGGGGAAAUACGGAGAUCUUUACUGUGCCUUUCAUUUGUUUCAAGUGUUCAAGCCCAUGUUUGCAGAUCUCAAGCUCAGAAUUUACCAAAAUUUGAGUUACGUAUUUGAGCUGGACCAGAACAAAGUUAGUGCAGAAGCGGCCUUCACAAUUGUGGAGAUUGAGCUUGGAUUCCUUUAUGAUCUGCUGUAUAGAAAGAUUCCUAUAGUUAUAACUCGACCCGGUGUAAUUCUUCGCUUCAUUUGUUUAUCCUUCAUCACUUGCACACUGCUUGCCUUCUUCGUUUUUGGCAACCAUCAUGACUCCCGAGUUGACAUUGCCGUAUCCUACUUGUUAAUGGUCGGUGCCAUCUUUCUUGAAAUUUAUUCCGCCCUCCUGCAUCUUAGCUCGGAUUGGGGACUCUACUGGUUAGCCUAA